AUGUCGCCACGGCUGCCCCCCGAACUCGAGCGGACUAUCUUCGAAAUGGUGGCGUGGCAGUGGCGCGGAAGCAUCCCGCCGCUUCUGCGUGUUGCUCGGCGGGUAAAACAUUGGCUGGAGCCCAUCCUCUAUGAGACCAUCUUGGUCACUGAAGAUCAAGACAGCGUCGCUGAUGUGAUCUACUGGCACUCCACACACGAAAUAAAGUCGCUCAUCGCGCAGCGCGACCCCGCUUCAUUCAGCGCUCUGGUUCAUAAUGUAUUCCUGUCGCCCACAAUUUCGGAGGACGAGCGCAACCAUAUAUGCGAGUCAUUCCCCAACCUCUCCAACCUCUACACAACACUAAAAGCCGCCCUCAAUGCCCCACUCCCGCGUCUCUUAAAGUUAUAUGCACCGCCGCACGUCCUCAGCUUCGACCAAUCUACUCUCAGCACGCGGUUUCCCUCUCUGACACACCUGUACCUCUUUUCCCGCAGCAUCCCGUUGUACGUAUGGGCCGUAGGGCCGCUCAAAAAUGUUACUUGGAGUGCGCUCGGACAACUUCCCCGACUAUCGCACCUCUUACUGACCUCUUCUCCCGGCACGCCCGCCCUCGACUCAAUCCUCGAGUCCUGCCCCUCGCUUAUCCUGCUCCUCAUCCUCCGGCCCACCUACACCCUGUAUCCCAGCCACUGGCACCCGCCCCCGACACCAACAUCAACCCACGACGUCCGCCUCGUGGUCGUACCGAUCAACACUCGCUAUCACGGAGUGACCCACUGGCAGCACGAUGCGUUUGCCGUACCUCAAUGGCGUGAGAGUCUGUGGAAGAAGGGCGAACGGCUGGCCGAGGCGAGACGCAACGGGACGGUCGAUGCAGAACACUAUGAACUGCCGGAAGAGCCGACUUCCCGUGUCGAUGCCUUCCCAUUGCCGUCGCCGCAGCAGAAUUAA